CGAUAUCGCGUGUGAAAUAACGGUAUGCAGUGCACCAUACAGCCAGCAGGGAGCCAUUAGCCAUCGUGGUUGCUAGGAGACGGUGGAACACAAACACACACACUCUAUGUUAAAGGUCUUGUUUUUGUUUCCAGAAGAACUAUAUUCGAAUUAAUAUUAUAGCCGCAUUUGUUUGCCAGUUUAGAGAUGGAUAUUGGAUCUUUGGAAUCAUGUCCUCCGAAGACCAGAAUAUUGUUAUGGGCAGACCUGCGUUACAGUGAUGCAGAAGAAAUCACCAAGACAGAGUCCAUACCAGAUAUUUCAAGAAUUUUGUGCCAGGCCCUACACAUCGAGGCUCCUGACCCACAGCAGGGCAUUGUCCUCGAGUUGUACACAAACACAGUGCUAUUCUGCAGACAGAAAAAGUUCAAUAAAGAGCAAACAUCUGUUCUUCUGUCCAUCAUAAAGAAUGUGCAUCAGCUUAACACAGAAACUCCCCUCAACAACAUGGACCAGUGUUUUACAUACUGCAGUGAGCUUGUGCUUUGUCAUUCUGUCAGAAGACCCCCUUUCAGUAUUGAUCUAUUCAAUUCAGAACAAGUGACUGAGAUUAUGAAAUAUUUCAUCAACACAUAUAUGAGGCACUACCUGCUUUACAAGUACGUAUUUACACCUGAGAUCCACUUGGAUUUAUCUUUGUCUUAUAUUGGAAUGCCUGAGGAGCUCACUACAGAACAACUAGAAACCUCUGAAGCAGAGAAUGAAACUGAAAAUGAAGCAAACGGCACAAACAAGCAAGAAAUGGCUUCCACAGAAAUCCUGCCCACAGAGACAGAGGCAUCUAAACAAGAUCUAUCCCCAAAGGGAGAGCUGAGGACAAUUGUACAAAAGGAAGUAAAGGAGGAAGUGAUGCGCUUGACCGCUCAUCUAGAAAAAUGCUUGCAGGAAAGUACUGAUCAGCUUAACACUGCGCUCACUGCACUGGAGACUAGACUUCAACCUAAAAAGUGAUCCAAUGUCUUUGUGCCUGUACAACAUUUCUAGCUGUUACUGGAGCUUACGCUGGAAACCAUAUAUACAAACUAAAUAAUUUUUCCAUCCUCA